GUAUUUCUAAGCACAUUAUAGUUGGAUUAUAUAUUUUAUUGCUGUAGAAGUUUAUGAAAGAUUUGGGAUAGGCUAGAACUCAAAUUCACAAAUAUUAAGUUAUGAGUUAUGAGUUAUGAGUUAUGAGUUAUGAGUUAUGAGUUAUGAGUUGUGAGUUGUGAGUUGUGAGUUCUGAGUUCUGAGUUGUGAAUUGUGAAUUGGAAUGUGGAGAAAAAUGGGAAAGAUACAGAAGUAUCGUGGAGUGAGACAACGCAAUUGGGGUUCUUGGGUUUCUGAGAUUCGUCAUCCAAUACUGAAAAAAAGAGUAUGGCUUGGAACAUAUGAAACUGCUGAAGAAGCAGCUGGUGCAUAUGAUGAAGCUGCUGUAAUUGUGCGUGGUCAUGGUGGCAACAUUAAUCUUCCUCACAAUUCAGAGCACAGAAGAGUUUUGUCAACAGAAAUGAUUUCUAAGCUCCACAAUCUCAAUAUGGUCUCCAUGAAUAAGGUGUUGCUGCAAUAUGCUGCUAAGAAUAAGGGUUGCUCAUUAUCUGCCACUUCUUUCAUCUGCUUAAAGUUAGACAAUGAAAAAUCAAAUCAGUUGGGAAUAUGGCAAAAGAAAGUGGAUGAUAGAGGAGGAGAUGAAUCCAACUGGGUCAUGAAAGUUGAAAUUCCUCCAAUGAAAGUGUAUGAUGAGGGAAAUGAGGACAUAGCUUCAGAAAUGAUAGAGGAGCUUCUUCAACCCUGCAACACUUCUAUAGCCACAUAGCAUGAAUAUCAUGCUUGUGAAUACUUCAAUCAUUUUCAUAUGCAUAUUGUAAGAGGAACAUUUAAUAGCUAGGAAUAUUUUGUAGGUAGUGAUGUAACUAUUUUAGAGCGUGGCUAUGCUUUCAAAGAAAAUGGAGAAGAUAGUGGCUUCAGCUAGCAUUUUAACUUCAAAAAUGUCAAUCUACACCAAGACAUAAAUGCUAAAAGUCAUUCAAUAAUGUUUGAAAAUGAACAUUGAAUUGA